AGCACGGAUGCACCUGAAUAGCAUUUGUUGACAGUGACCAAGAAGCACCCUCAGCUGCGAAUGAAGCAUGUUAAAGUGGAUGUCUCUCCUGGUCGUUAAAACACACUCAAACGAGGACCGGUGGGAUGCGCUGAUAGCGUCAGUGAAGUGUUUGUACAUGCGGCUGUCUCAUUAACGUCCUACUAACUGCAGAUUUGAAGGUUGCCCUACCAGUGGUGGAUUAAAAUCGUUGUAAGUUACAUCUCAUUUGACAUUAACGCUGGAUACUUUACAAGCAUACGCGGUUUGAAAGGUAACGUAAUAUCAGCUUCAGUCCACCCAGCCAAAAAACGUUUUAUCUUUCAAAUGACGUUUCUGCUGUAACGUUCCUGAACUAGAAAAGAAGCUGUGCUGAUUGCACUGGUAUCGGCUGUGGUAGGCCUCAAGCCAUGCCUCGGUCUAAAGGUGCCCUGUGGGCUAACGGUAACCCAAAACAUUCAUUCGGGGCCACUGACGCACAGACCAAGUAAUUCAACCCAACGGGGUGUUAACAUUAUUACGUCAAAUAACCUAAUUUAAGUGUGUAUUUACGGUUAAGUAAGCUAAUGUUUCGCGCUACAGUUAUAUGCACGGAAUAAAGGAUGUAACGUUAACGUUGUAUCCGUAACUUUGCGUCAGAUGUGUCCGCAGACUUCAUUAAAGCUUUACUGGCUAACACGUUAAUUUACCUGUGCACACCAACAUGUUAGCUAGAUAUGCAAUAUUACGAAGAAUAUAUUGAGGACGCGUUAUUUUUCUCCGAAUUGUCCAGAAAAUAUUAGCGCAUGUCCGCGUCCAAAACUCCUAGGAAAGUUUUUCUGCAAAGACUAUGUGUUUAACACGAGUUAGAAUGGGGCACGGAUGUCCUCUCUAUAUCUGAAUAUGUCGUCAGUAGGAACCAGCGCAAAUCUCAUCACAAGCACACCAGUAUUGUCCAGCCAGGCUCACUUGCUAGCUGCAUGCAUCUUGUCCCCUGAGCUUGCUUGGGACAAGGCCACCACAUGAUCCCCCAUCCGACUGAGCUCUCCUCGUUAAGGGCUGGAUCACAGACAUGCAGCCGCCACCUCAGGACCACGUCUCUAUAAGCCUUGCUGGACAAGCCGGUGGAAGUUCCAGUUGUUAUAGCAAGCAGUGGAGGAGGCAGUCCUGCUGGAGGGAUCAGGCUGUACAAGAAAAGUGACAAUGGAUGCAAAACUAACAAGAGAGAUGGAAGCAGCUGUCGAAGCUGCAGCGCAGCCUGAUCCUCCUCGUCCUGGUUAUCUGUGGAAUGGCUUCCUAUCCUAUUGUCACUGAGCACCUCAGAGGCCUUUCAGAUGGAGUCAAAGAGAGUAGCCGUGUCCUGAUUCCAGCCAUGCCUAAUGGGCUGCCCGAGACUAUUAAACAAGGGCAACCACCAGCGCCAGAACAAACUUCCCAGAGGAAAUUACCCAAUAAGAGAGGAUUGCAUAUUCAGAAGAAGGGGAACGCUUCAGACACAGUGGUUGACGGCAAGAAAGAAAGGCAGGAGAGCGUCAUCAGCUGGUGUGGGGCAGUGGUUGACACCGACCAGCUCAGGGAUGGGGAGAGUGAGAAGCCUCAGGCCAACCAUAAAGGAAAAUUAUCCAACUCAGAAGCUAGCUGCCUGGAGGCUGUGCAGAAAGCUUUCCUCCAUUCGUGGAAGGGUUAUAAAGACUUUGCUUGGGGCCAUGAUGAGCUCAGGCCCCUGUCGAAGUCCUACAGUGAGUGGUUUGGCCUGGGUUUGACGCUUAUCGAUGCGCUGGAUACCAUGUGGAUCCUGGGGCUUAAAGAAGAAUUUGAAGAAGCAAGGUCAUGGGUGGCCACAGAGCUCACAUUUAACAAGAAUGUAGAUGUUAACCUAUUUGAAAGCACCAUCCGCAUCCUGGGAGGCCUACUGAGUACCUACCAUCUGACUGGCGACACCCUGUUCCUAGAGAAAGCUAAGGACAUCGGCUCCCGACUGAUGCCAGCCUUCAACACUCCGUCCAAGAUCCCCUACUCGGAUGUGAACAUUGGGAAGGGCACAGCCCACCCUCCGCGCUGGACUUCAGAUAGCACUGUGGCCGAGGUAACGAGCAUCCAGCUGGAGUUCAGAGAGCUCAGCCGCCUUACCCACGAACCAAAGUACCAGGUUGUGGUCUCUGAGGUUAUGAAACGGGUCCACAAACUGGAGGGCAAGCUGGAUGGUCUCGUGCCCAUGUUCAUCAACACCAACAGUGGGCAGUUCACCCAUCAAGGGAUCUACACAAUGGGAGCCAGAGCGGACAGCUACUAUGAGUACCUGCUGAAGCAGUGGAUCCAGGGAGGCAUGACGGAGAACCAACUGUUGGCGGACUAUUUGCAGGCAAUAGAAGGUGUGAAGAAGAACCUGUUGCAGAAGUCUUCCCCUAAUGGCCUCACAUUUGUUGGAGAAAUCACACAUGGACAGUUCAGCCCCAAAAUGGACCAUCUAGUGUGCUUUCUGCCGGGCAUUCUGGCUCUUGGUGCCCACAACGGCCUGCCCACUGAUCACAUGGAUCUGGCCAAACAGCUGAUGGAGACCUGUUACCAGAUGUACAUCCAGAUGGAGACGGGCCUCAGCCCAGAGAUUGUUCACUUCAACAUGCAUCAGGGCAGCGUCCAAGACAUGAACGUAAAGCUUGCAGACCGACACAACCUGCUACGACCAGAGACUGUGGAGAGUCUCUUCUACCUGUACAGGUUCACCGGGGACCACAAGUACCAGCACUGGGGCUGGAAGAUUCUCCAAAACUUUAACAAGUACACCAAGGUAUCCUCUGGAGGCUACACCUCCAUCAAUAAUGUCCGGGACCCAGACUACCCAAGCCCCCGAGACAAAAUGGAGAGUUUCUUCUUGGGAGAGACUCUAAAAUAUCUGUACCUGCUGUUCUCUGACGAUCCCAACCUCAUCAGCCUAGACCACUAUGUCUUCAACACGGAGGCUCACCCUCUGCCUAUAUGGCCAUCUGCUACGUGAAACACACACAGGAAUUCAAAUGGCAGCUAAAACUGCACGUAUAAACACAACAAACAUCUCAGGGUUGGUCUGACAACAAGGUAAUCCCUCAGUCUUUGUCUGUGGCUGGGAGUGGUUAAACAACCCUUGAUGCAGACCACAGUCCAUUUAGUGCUACGUACUUUGGUCUUUUUUUAUUUCCUUGAAUUUUUGUUUGGACUUGAGAGGACAGAAGAAUGCGUCUUUGGUAGAUCCCGUCAGCAUCAAAGAACAAUCUGAUUGUGACUUUAAUAAUCUCAUGAUUAUGAGGGAUUUGAAACUAGGUCUUUUCAGAUUGUAGCUGCUCAUGAUUAGAGUGAAACAAAGCCAGGACCCGGAGGAACGGCGGGCCUUUGUAGCACGCUCCCCCCCUCCCCCCAACCUGUGUUCAUGGCUGAGACCAGGGAAACAAAGCCAGCGCCUCCAGAUGGGGCUUCAACUGCCCUCAGGCCAUGCUGGAACCCACUGGACCUCUCCAGGUUAAGCAAAAAACCUGCAUUGAAAUCUUUCACACUGCAGAAUGAUGGGAUGGUAGCGAUGUGUUUUCAUGGUUGGAUCUGCUAGAUCACAGAAAGAAAUGUGCUUUAUGACACAGGAACGUCUAAAUGUAAAGUUAGAAACACUGAUGCAGGAUUUAGUUGCCUACUGCUUCAUUAUCCUCUCCUCCUUAAUUCUGUGCCUUUCUGAUGGCAGGGCUUUAAUUCCAUCAUGAGCUUGUGAGGUGUUCAGAGAUGCCAUGCAAUAAAAGGAAAUGAGCCCAAAUUGUGACUUGUCCCAACUUGGUGUUGAUUCUAUAUGACAUGAAUGCAUCAUUCCAUUUAUGAACCAGAAGCUUUAGUGGCAAAUUAUUUGAAACAGCUGCUGCUUUUACUGCAGGUUUCAUUUGUUUAAUUACAAUAGAAAAUUAUUUUCUUGAAAGGUAAAAAUACAGGACGCCUUUCCAGUUUGAGGUGGCAGCAGUUUGCUGUCUUUCCUGUGAUUACCAGUUUACAUCAAUACUUGUUGAAUUGAGACAACUCAAUCUGUCUUUUCUUCAUGCUGUUUCACAUGUGCCUAACAUGUUCAAACCGCAUUCAAAAAAUGACUUCUACCCUUGCUAUUCAUAUCUGAGUACACAAGUCAUUGGCAUCACUUUUUCAGCAGUCCUUUUAUAUAAUGCUAAUCUCUACAUCUGAUACAAAGGAAAGCUGGACACAAUCAGCCCUGGUGUUUGAUACCAUGCAUCCAAAGCCACCUGUCAGGAAAUGCUGAUCUUCAUCCACUUCUAUCUUUAAAGUACACAAUACACAAAUGCCAUUAAGUAGUGCUUCGAUGUUCGCAAUGUACAAAAUGUAUUGGCACAUGGUGUACAAUAAAAGAUGGAUUGCCUUUUA